GUCAGAGCGAGCUCCAAUUUACAGGAUUUUAAGACGGAAAAAAGACGCACCGGAAAGGCGCAGCAAAUUACGCACGGGUUCCCACUUUGGAUGUUGAGACUUUUAUUGCAUUUUUUGGAAAUGUAGUUGCAUUCUUGAGAAAAUCCCAAGAAGGCAUUUGUUGUUACUAGUUGAUGAGAGAAGUGAGAGCCGCCGAGGCUCCGUUUCCUGUUUGCCAGCGCGCUGCAGCUGGCUGAAGAAGCCCCGCAGGGCUGCCUCAACACCGGUGCUCCUUCCCCGCCGCAAACCACAGCCGGUCCGCUCAGUCCGCUCAGAAACUCGGUGGAAAAAAAAAUGUGCGACUUGAUGCCAGCCUCCCAGCCCCCGGAGAAAAUCGGCAAAAUGAAAAAGUUGAGGAGAACUUUGUCGGAGAGUUUCAGGAGUAUCGCUUUCAAGAAAGAGGACAGCGGCUUUGAUGAGAUAUGUGUCACAAAGAUGUCCACACGCAGCUGCCAGGGAACGGACUCAGUCAUCAAGCCCCUGGACACCAUCCCUGAGGACAAGAAGGUGAGAGUGCAGCGCACGCAGAGCGGCUUCGACCCCUUCGAGAAGCCCACCAGCCAGGUGAAGAGGGUCCACUCUGAGAACAAUGCCUGCAUCAAUGCCAAGGGCUCGUCCGCUGGCAAGGAGUCGCCCAAACUGCGUCGACACUCCAGCCCUAGUUCUGUAACCUACAAGCCCAAGUUUGGGAAAGCAGAUUCCUAUGAGAAGCUGGAGAAACUGGGCGAGGGUUCAUAUGCUACGGUUUACAAAGGAAAGAGCAAGGUGAACGGGAAACUGGUGGCUCUGAAGGUGAUCCGUCUGCAGGAGGAGGAAGGGACGCCCUUCACAGCCAUAAGAGAAGCAUCUCUCUUGAAAGGCCUGAAGCAUGCGAACAUCGUGCUCCUCCAUGACAUCAUCCACACCAAGGAAACCCUGACUCUGGUCUUCGAAUAUGUGCACACAGACCUGUGUCAGUACAUGGACAAACACCCCGGGGGGCUCCAUCCAGACAAUGUGAAGCUGUUCCUGUUCCAGUUACUGAGAGGCCUGUCCUACAUCCACCAGAGGUACAUCCUUCACCGUGACCUGAAACCACAAAACCUGCUCAUCAGCGACACUGGAGAGCUCAAGCUGGCUGACUUUGGCCUGGCCAGGGCCAAGUCGGUCCCCAGCCAUACCUACUCCAACGAGGUGGUGACCCUUUGGUACCGACCUCCAGACGUCCUGCUGGGAUCCACAGACUACUCCACCUGCCUGGACAUGUGGGGAGUGGGCUGCAUUUUCAUUGAGAUGAUCCAAGGAGUGGCUGCCUUUCCUGGGAUGAAGGACAUCCAGGACCAGCUGGAGAGGAUAUUCCUAGUCCUCGGCACCCCAUCUGAGGACACCUGGCCCGGCGUUAACUCUUUGCCUCACUUCAAACCAGACCGCUUUACAGUGUACAGCGCUAAGAAGCUCAGACAAGCAUGGAAUAAGUUGGGCUAUGUGGACCACGCCGAAGAGUUGGCUUCCAGGUUCCUCCAGUGCUUCCCAAAGAACCGGCUGUCAGCCCAGGCAGCGCUGAAUCACGAAUACUUCAGCAACCUUCCUCCACGGCUCUGUGAGCUGCAGGACAUGUCUUCUAUCUUCACCGUACCAAAUGUCAAGCUGCAGACAGAGAGCGGGGACAGCAUACAGGUGUGCGCACGAAGGAACAGUCAUGGAAAAGCAUCCUCUGGCAGCAAACACUGACCUGAGGCAGCAUCCUGCACAUGAUUGCCUGACAGGUGGCUGUUGUAAAAAAAAAAAAAACAUUAAAAAUGGAGAUGAAGACAAAGAUGCUGAGAUGGAGGAUCCAGACGAAUGGAAGAGCCCCAGUUCUCUUUAUUUAUUACCUUCACAAUACGUGUGAGCGCGGCUGUGUGUGAGCGUGGUUGUAUCUGUGUGUGCAUGUGUGUGUGAGUGUGGGUGUAUCUGUGUGUGUGUGUGUGUGCGUGUAUGUCGUGCACAUGAGAAAGGAGUUUAGCAUUGAGUACAGAUGUGAAUGCAUGUGUGCAUUAUGAACGGUACCUAAGAUUUCAGGCUAUCAUUUGCAAAUCAGAUUUUGUUUACUUUUUAUAAGGUUCCAAUAACUCAUAUAUCAUUGUCACAGUAUAAACAAAAGGACUUUACUAUUGGUACAUAUUGUGUUUUGUGUUUGUAACUAGCCUCCUAUUUAAGAAUGUAUAUUUGUAUGUAUGAUAUACUCAUCUAGAAACUAUAUAAUGGACAAUUUUAUUAUCGCUUCAUCUUCUCAACACUAUACUGCUCACGCCGAUGCGCGUAACUCAACAGACUCACACAGGAGACAUGCAAACAAGCAAAAACACAUCUAUACAACAAAUAAGUCCAUUUAAAGAAAAAAAUCCCAAAAAGUAUGUUUUCCAUUUCUUUGUUACCCGAUGUAACUCUAAUUUGUGGAACCACAAACAUUAAUAAUAAUUUUUGCGGGCUUUUAGGUGGUGUAACACAUCUCUGGCAGCCAUUAUGGAGGUCCUUCAUCUUUUGGUAGAGGAGUAUAACUGAUGUUGUUUUAAAUUUACAGCUUGUUUAAAGUUUUUAAAAAAACUACUUAAAAAUACAUGAGACUGAUAUUGUGUUAACAUAAUACAGCUUGUUAGCGAAUUAACUAUGGUAUCUGUC